ACCAGUGCGGCCCCUCUCCGCCAUGACGGCAGACCCAUACUGCGAACAUCUCGCCUCGCCAAAUGGCUGGGUGCUCGCGCUUUCCGUNNUCAACUCGUGCUCGGUAUCCUCAUCUCGUACAUCCCCCAACAUGUGAAAAUCAUCCGUCAUGGCACGUCUGCUGGUCUCUCACCCUGGUGGGUUCUGCUAGGCACCAUAUCGUCUAUCGCCGCGCUGGCGAAUAUCUUGGUCUUGCCGACUAGUCAGCAUGACAUGGCUUGCUGCCGCGAGAUCUCGGGCGCCGCUUGCGGUGCUGCGCUGUUGGGUGUUGUGCAGAUUGGCGUGCAGUGGGCUUGUUUUAUGACCAUAGACGCCUUCGCCAACCCACCGCCCGAGCAUCUNUCCCCAGACACACCUCGCAAACGCGACGCCGUAAUCGUCGGUGUAACAUCGCUAAUCUCCCUCCUCCUCGUCGGCCUCAUCUCAACACUCUUCCUCUUCCGCCUACCCUCGCACCUCCUCAGCUGGGCAAACUUCCUCGGCAUUCUCGCCGCCAUCCUCUCGUCCAUCCAAUACAUCCCACAACUCUACACUACCUGGAAGGCCAAGCAAGUGCUGUCGCUAAGCAUUGCGAGUAUGCUUAUCCAAGUGCCUGGCGCCUUUGUGUUUGCCUUUAGUCUGUGGCUACGGGUCGGUUGGGAGGGCUGGAGUACUUGGUUUGUGUAUUGUGUGACUGGCGUUUUGCAGGGCGCGUUGCUGGUCAUGGCCAUCAUGUUCUAUCAAAAGGAGAAGAAGGCAGAGAGCGUGGAGCAGGAGCCGACUGAGACGGAUCCAUUGUUGGAGGCUUCGCGUGGGAGUACU